AUGACAAUGAGUUCCGGCGACAGACCCUCGUCUUCAACAACCUCACUGCAACGAAAAGAGUCCCUCAAACCAGGGUAUGAUCCAUCUCUCCUCCCCGACUACGAGACUCCAUUCAUCACGGAUGAUGACCUUCGUGCAUUUGAAAAAGCGCUGAGCGCUCCUGAGGUCGAACCUCUAGUCGCCAUCAACGACUGGCGCCCAAUCCGCCAGCGCGUCCGACGACCGUUCCGUUCCCGCGCCGUAUCAAAUACCACCAACAAACCACCUCGAAGAACCAAAGACGAGACGCGCGAAGGGUUUCUAUACACGCUGCUCAAGUACCCAUUUCUAGCGACUGUGUUUGCAUGGAUUGCGAUCUUGAGCGUUGUAUAUGUCCUUACUCGGCUGUACAUAUAUCUCUACGAACACUUUGUAACCUGGACCGGUCGACGGGAGAAGUUACGAAGGUCGCUACAUUCUACGCGGAAUUACGAAGAUUGGCAGCGCGCAGCACAUAACCUGGAUACCUAUCUUGGCAAUGAGAAGUGGAAAGAAAACGAUGAAUACGCUUACUACGAUCAUUUGACGGUGAGGAAAGUGGUGAAACAGCUCAGGCAGCUGCGGAAACAAGUCGAGAAGGAGACACAGAGUGGAAGUGUACAGGACGAAGAAGCGGUUGAAGAUCUUCGCUCGCUUUUAGAAGCUUGUGUCAAGAAUAAUUUUGUUGGGGUUGAGAAUCCGAGACUUUACAGUGAAGCUUAUUCGGGUACGAAACAUCUGGUGCAGGAAUAUAUUGAUGAGGUGCAUCUAUGUUUGGAAUGGCUACUCAACACACGGGACUUGACCAAGGAAGUAAAAUACCGUCAUUUUCGACAUUUGGACACAAACUUUGGACGGACUGCGCUGUGUUUGUCCGGAGGGGCCACCUUUGCUUACUACCACUUUGGAGUGGUCAAGGCUCUUUUGGACAAUGGCGUCCUGCCAGAAAUCAUUACAGGAACAUCUGGGGGAGCAUUGGUUGCAGCGCUAGUGGCUACCAGAACGGACGAAGAAUUGAAACAGCUACUCAUCCCGGCUCUGGCGUAUCGCAUCAGGGCAUGUCACGAGAAAUUUCCCGCAUGGGUCAAACGUUGGUGGAAGACUGGUGCUCGCUUCGAUACCCUCGACUGGGCGAGACAGUGCAGUUGGUUCACUAGAGGCUCCAUGACUUUCCGAGAAGCUUUUGAGCGCACGGGAAGAAUUCUCAAUGUUUCAUGCGUACCCUCAGACCCUCAUUCGCCCACCAUUUUGGCCAAUUAUCUCACAUCUCCAGACUGCGUAAUCUGGAGCGCAGUGAUAGCUUCGGCCGCCGUACCCGGUAUUUUGAAUCCCGUGGUUCUAAUGAAAAAGAACAAAGACGGCAGUUUAUCUCCCUACUCUUUUGGUCACAAAUGGAAAGACGGCAGCCUCCGCACUGACAUCCCGGUCAAAGCACUUAAUCUCCACUUCAACGUCAACUUCACAAUCGUCUCUCAAGUCAACCCACACAUCAACCUAUUCUUCUUCAGUUCCCGGGGCUCUGUCGGCCGUCCCGUCACCCAUCGCAAAGGCCGAGGCUGGCGAGGCGGGUUUUUAGGCUCGGCAGUAGAGCAAUAUAUCAAACUUGAUCUGAACAAAUGGCUUCGCGUGCUUCGACAUUUGGAGCUUCUGCCGCGUCCAUUGGGUCAGGACUGGAGUCAAAUAUGGCUACAACAUUUCAGCGGCACAAUUACCAUCUGGCCGAAAUCGGUACCCUCUGAUUUCUGGAAUAUCCUAUCUGAUCCUUCGGCAGACCGAUUGGCUCGUAUGCUACAUGUCGGACAACAAAGCGCAUUCCCAAAGAUUCAGUUUAUACAGAACCGUAUGAAAAUAGAGAAUCUGAUAAUGCUAGGGUUGUUGAAGAAUUCACCCAAUGGCAUGAAUCAUGAUAAGUCACCUCUCCUCUCCCGCCGACACGACGAUUACGACCGAGACGUUGGCGGAGAGAAAAGGGAAGGCGAUCAACUCGACGAAGCGACCAGAAUAGUCUCCUUACCGGGUGAGCCAGAAGAAGAAGAUUUAUCUUCCGAUCGUCUAAGCGUCCCAAAUACGCACUCGUUUCCGUCAUUUUCAAAUUCUCAUCCUGCCCAUGUACCUAAUCAUCAUCGACGGAGCAGCGUUAUUGAUGAAAUGCGCCGUCAGUCAGCUGUGUUCUUUGAUGAUUCGGAUGUUUAUUAUGGCGAGGAGAGUGAUGAGAGCACCGGCCUUGGUGGUGCGAAGGGUAUCUGGGAUAAGGCGAGGAAGACGAAAUCGGCAGACUAA